AUGACCACCGGUAAUGCUCCAAAGACCACCGGAAAUGGACCACAGACCGCUGGAAAUGCUCAAAAGACUAUUGGAAAUGAACCAAAGACCACUGACAACGGAAAUGCUCCAAAGACCACCGGAAAUGGACCACAGACCACUGGAAAUGGACCACAACCCACUGGAAAUGUUCCAAAGACCACUGGUAAUGCACCAAAGACCAUCGGAAAUGGACCACAGACCACUGGCAAUGCUCCAAAGACCAUGGUAAUGCUCCAAAGACCACCGGAAAUGUACAAAAAAAAUACCGGAAAUGUACCACAGACCACUGGAGGAGCACCAAAGACUACUGGUAAUGCACCAAAGACUACUGGUAAUGCACAAAGACUACUGGUAAUGCACCAAAGACCACCA